AUGGCGGACCAGCAUCGCAGACCGCCGCUGGGACGUGGAAGCACAGUCCCCAGCUCUGAGCGGGUGUGCUGGGUAGGAGGAGGGGCCGUGAACCGGGGUCUGUUGAAUCUGAAAGCCGUGGUCGAAGGACACCAUGAGCCAAUUACUGCUGUGGCAUUUGGAAAUGCAGUGAGUCCACUUCUCAUCUGUUCUGCAUCACGAGAUUAUGUUAUAAUGUGGGCUCUAGAUGAAUGCAGACAGAAAGCACUUCAAAGGCUGACUCCUCGAGGGGUUGUCGUGGGUACCCUCCUGGGAAAGGUGCUGUGUUUGAGGUUGAGCCCAGAUGACCGCACGGCUGCAGUGUGUGCUGGAAAGAAAAUAUUUAUGCUGGAUACUGAGAGGCGGUCUACACUAGCUGAGCUGGAGGGUCACCGGGGCGCCGUGACUGCAGCUGAGUUCUGUCCGUGGCAAACACAUCUCAUCAUCUCAGUGUCUGAAGACAGAAGCUUUAAGGUUUGGGAUCAUCAUAUGGGAUCAUUAAUCUACAACUCGUCAGUGUUAACAGCCUCCCCUCUCCUGAGUCUCCUCAUCGAUGCAGAGAGCCGGCAGCUGGUGACGGGAUGCGCAAACGGCCAGCUUUGGGUCUUCAGUUUGGUUGAAGGACAUCAUUAUCGUUGUGUGACAGGAGUUGACCUAAAGAAGAAGAGAGAGAGUUUCUUCAGGAGGGUUGAGUCCAGGCUGUGCAGCCUGCCAGAAGAGGGUUGGCUUCCCUGCACAGAUGGCUUGGAGAAAGGAGAGGAGGUUGAAGCAAGCCUCCCUGUUCUGGGGCUGCGGCCAUGUGAUCUGUCCCUCGUUCUCCCUGCCGAGUGAGGGUGUCUUUCUUCUGAGAAUACCACAUGCUUGUGGAUUGGAAGCUCAGCUGGCUUAUUCAUAUUUAACUUGGCAAACUUUGAACUGGAAGCCGUUUUACAUUACAAGGAUUUCAGGAGCCUCAGCAUUCAAGUUGCCGGAUCACGUGCAGUGAUGAGCAAAGCCGGGGAUGAGAAGCUGAGUCCUGCCGUCUGCUUGCUCACGUCCUUGUGUGGCCGUAGGAUCGCCUUGUUGGAAAUCCAUGUUGCUGCUCUGGUGAGGUCUCAGUGGGGCCACGGCGCGGGAAGGGAUCUGUCCGUGCUGCCUCGCGCCCAUGUUCUCUCCACCUCUCCACUGCACUUCAGACCUGCUGAGGAAAACAGGACGCAGCCGGCUCUGCAGAGACAGUCCGCCAUGCGGAGCACCAUUAAGGACCAGCCCCUGGUUUUCCACAGCAAAGUGAGGUCGUCUGGGUAUGCGUCCACAUCACACGUAACUCUGUUCUCACCAAAGACCAACACCAGGAGCAGCGGUGACUGCUCUUUACCACGGGAGAAUCCACCAUUUCUAGUCCGUUUUAUUUCUCAUCUCACUUUGAACUCUCUAGAUUUUCAUCUUCCUGAUGUUCCUUCCAGUAAGGAAUACCCUUUGGAGAGUUCUCCGCCAACCAAAGUCCACGAGCAGCAUGUCCUCGCGCACGGGCCGGCCGCUGCGAGCUGCGUCCAGUACUCAGGGGAUGGAUGGUGGCUCGCCUGUGGCUUAGCCAACCACUCGCUGGUCUUCCGUGCUGAUCUCACUGGGACACCUGCUGUUUUUUCAGGUCACGACGCAGCGCGCGCCGUGUGCUGGAGCCACGACGGCCGGUGGCUGUUGCCUGCCUCCCGGGACGAGACGCUGUGGCUGUGGUCCCUCCGUGGGGCGGAGCUCGCGUUGCGUGCGGGCAAAGAUGUGUUUUCCAAGCCCGUUUGGUCCGCACAGUUUUAUUACAUAGACACUUUUAUAUUGUCGUCUUCGGGCCCCGAACUCCAGCUCCUCAAGUACCACGUCGACACGUGCAAGGAUGAAAUCCAAAGAUAUAAACAGAAGAGUAGGUGCAAAUGUGUCUUCAGGCUUCCCACGACUGGUAUGACAGAGAUUACCAGUUUAUCAGCUGUAAACGACUUCUAUUCCUAUCUUGUGCUCACAGCUGGCCGGAACAGGACUCUGGAAGUUUUUGACCUCAAUGCAGGUCACAGCGCAGCCACAAUCAUAGAAGCCCAUUCACGGCCUGUCCACCAAAUCUGCCAGAAUAAAGGAUCAUCAUUCACGACCCAACAGCACCAGCUUUAUAACCUUUUCGCCACCACAGCCACUGGGGAUGGCAGAAAGCUGUGGGACUUGCGAACCCUGAGAUGCGAGCGCUGUUUUGAAGGACAUCCAAACCACGGAUACCCAUGUGGGACUGCUUUCAGCCCUCGUGGACGCUACGUGGCUUCUGGUGCAGAGGACAGACAUGCGUACGUGUACGACGGGGGUUCGAGCGCGUUUUCUCGCAGGCUGGCUGGACACACGGACACCGUCUCUGGCGUGGCGACCUUCAGCCCGUCGGCCCCCCAGGCGUGUCCCCGGGCACAGCGCGAGCGCCGCAGCCGGCGAGUCCCGGAGCGGCCGGGAAAGGGCGGGGAAGAGCCCCAUGCACGGAAUGAGGGCGGGGAGGAGGAGAACCCCAACGUGAGGGCAUUCGUGUGA